CGCCGCCGCCAUGGAGCGGCGCGUGGCGGAGCAGCUCCGCAGCGCGCUGGGCCCGCUCGGCCUGGAGGCGCACGCCUUAAAGGUUGGGUGGUACAAUGCUGUUCUGCAGCCAGCCUUCCACCUCCCCUACCCAGAUGACACGCUGGCCUUCGUGGUCCUCAGCACGCCGUCCAUGUUCGACAAGGCCCUUAAGCCUUUUGUGAGCAAAGAACGGUUAAAAAUAAUCAGGGAUCCUGUGGAUCAGUGUGUUUCCCAUCAUUUAUCACGUGUGAAGGAGAAAUUCCCUGACCAGAGGGUGGAUAUCAUGUUUGAUUACGAGCUGCUGCCGAGCCGAAAGCCCAAGUUCCUGGCACAGACAGCUGCCCACAUUGCUGGAGCUGCAUAUUACUACCAAAGGAAGGAUGUGAAGCUUGAUCCUUGGGGAAAAAAGAAGAUCUUUGGCGUUUGUAUCCAUCCCAAGUACGGUGGCUGGUUUGCUAUCCGGGCUCUGCUGGUCUUCCCAGCUAUCCAGGUGCCGUUCCUGGAGCAGCCUCCGCCUGUGGACUGUGUGAGCUCCGAGGAGAAGAGGAUUGAGCUGCUGGAGCAGUUCAAUUUCCACUGGCAGGACUGGCACUACAGGGACAUCAUUGAAGUGAAGGAAAGGUACUCGGAGGAGCAGAAAACCUACUUUGCCACUCCUCCAGCCGAGAGAUUCCGGCUGCUGGGGCUCUCACAGGAAGCGCAGAGAAUCACAUUUCACUGAGAAAGCGGCUCCGGGAGGGCAGAGGGCAGCAAAGGGCAACUCAUGAGCGCGGCUUUUCCCGGUGCCGAGGGUGAGGAGGAGGAGGAAGGUUAUGCUGGUACAGACAUGGCAAAUCCGAGCAGCCUCAAUGCAAACAUUGCAAUCAAAGCUUCCCUGAGAGAGGAGCACGGCCCUGCCCUCUGCGCUGUGCUGCUGCUGAUCUGAGGUGGAGCCCAGUAAGCUGCCAUUAGCCUUUGGUUGGGAAUAGUUUAGACAUCCUGGCAAAUUUAAAUCCAUGCUGCUUGGAGUAUUUUAGACACCCUGGCAACUCCAAAAUCCAUGCUGCUUAUUAGAAAAAUCACUUUUGUUCUCAAUAAUUUUCUUUCUGAAUGUUCUCUUUUUAUUCUUUGUCGGUGUAAAAAGAAAAUCAGUCAUUGUACUACUUAGUUGGAUUUUGUCUAAACUUGGGGCAGGUACUUUUUUAGAUGUUGCCAGCAUUUUAUUAUCCUGCAUCAUGACCCUCUGUAGGGAGUACAUGUCCAGUCUUUACAGUCUUGCCUAGGUCACAUUUAAGCAUUUAUCCAUUCAUAGAGCUGACUGGAAUAUUUGGAAAGAUGCUGAGUAAUGUCCAUAUGAUUGGAGGUUUUAUUCACAUUAAGAGAACUGACUGAAACAGACAAUUCUCGUGGCCUUUUCUAAGGUAGACCACAUUUGUGUUAAAAGUAUUUUUCAGUGCCAGCACACAGCACACCCCCCACAGUUACUGUCACAGUUUCCUGGUGUGCUUUCUUUGUGGGAAAGAUUGUAAACCUGCACACAUGUAAAAGCCAUGGCACAAGGCCUUGUCACAUGCACAGGCAAACAAGCACAGAAGAAAGGGAAAUAUUAAUGACAUUUAUGUUACUUAUAUUGCUGGAUUAAACAUGUUCAGACAGAAGCAACAUUUUUUCCAUUACUUUGUCCUGUUACAUUUGUUCAGAGGCUACAAUGCACCUGGAAAUCAGGAAUUAAUUUCUCUUUGAGCAAUUUGAGGCUCAAAUCUCGUUAAAGCAAUAUAAUACAUUAAAAUAAUAUUUUGUGGGAGUUGUUUUACUAGACUGCAGUGCAGUGCUGCAAAUGGACAGGCACUUUUUUCCUUUUUAGGGUACUAACAUGAUGAAGAAAUACUUUGCAGAACUGGGCCCUUUCUUUUUAUGUUGGGAUUCUUCAAAGCUUUGGAGACUCCACCAGGACGGUUGCCCUCACCAUUGUUCACUGCUUGAUACAGUUGCUCACGGUCAGUACACUAACUCAUUGUAAUCCAAAUUCAGGAUAACAAGUUUGCUGCCCUGUAAACAGAGUCGUGAGCGUGUGAUCACUGGGUUUGUUCACUGCAUUUGCUGUUACAAAAAAGUCUUUGUUGCUUUCCAUGCUUUGUUCAUCUCUGACUAAGGCAGACACCUGACAUAGAAUGUGAUAGAGGUAUUGUGAUGUUUAAUUUAAGGUAAAGAAUGAAAUUUGUUUAAAAUCUGUUCUUUUGUUACAGAAUUUCUCCUUUUUCAAAUUUGUUUGAUGUUUCAGAACUUUGAAAAUGAACUGUAAUUUACCAGGGCCUUGAGGUAAUGGCUCAUACUCGUAACAAAGACAAAAUACUGAUUCACUUAGAAGGAUAAAUAUAGAUUUGAAUCAAAUCUAUCUUUUUAUAUUACAAUAGAAAGUAAAUUAUUUUGAUUUUUGGUAUUGAUUUCUUACAAAUAUUAAAUAUUUUGUCUUAAUUUAUUAAACAGAUUACCGUGGUCAA